UUUAAUGGUUACUAACACCACCAUUUCCAGACCAGAAACUCUUCAAGACCCUCAUAAGUCUGAGACUGGUGGGCUAAGUGGCCAACCUCUGAAAGACCUUUCCACUAAGACUGUCAGAGAAAUGUACAGCCUCACCAAAGGUAAAGUGCCAAUUGUUGGGAUUGGAGGUGUGGCAAGUGGACAGGAUGCGAUGGAUAAGAUCCGUGCUGGUGCUUCGUUGGUUCAACUCUACACAGCUUUGACCUAUCAAGGUCCACCGGUGGUGACGAAGGUCAAAAGAGAACUGGAGCAACUUCUUAGGGAUCAAGGUUUCAGCUGUGUGUCUGAGGCAGUCGGAGCCGAUCACAGGGCAACGGGCGGGAAAUGUUGACACAAAUCGUCAGGGAUUCACAAAAACUAGACCAAACCUGAACAAAACGCAGAGAUAUUUGAACUCCUCCACUUGAGGCUGUGCAUGUGUGUAUGUACCGUAUAUGUGUAUAAAUUACAUUGUUCUGUAUUGUGCUUCUUUAUUUAAAGUAGUAGUUGUAGUUAAGACCUGUAUGUCCAGAUCUUAGUCUUGUCAUUAACUUUAAAGCUAUCCAGGGCUUGACAUUUUAUUUCUACA